CCAGGGAGGAGUUCCAGGUCGGUGUGGGGGGCGGUGCGGUGGGCUGUCUGGCACCAGUGUCCCUCUCUCCCCUUUGCACCCACAGGCCUCCACUGCAGAGCCUGCGACAGUCUGCGCGCCCCUGUGCGAUCGCGCCCCUCCCCGGCAGGUAUCCGCGAUGGCACUGGCUAUGCUUCGUGGCUGGUGCAGGUGGAUGGGCGUGGAUGCUCAGCGCUCGCUGCUCAUCCUGGGCAUUCCCCACGACUGUGAGGACCAGGAAUUCCAGGAGGCCGCGCAGGCUGCCCUCCAGCCCCUGGGAAGAUACCCAGUGCUGGGCAAGGUGUUCAGAAAGGAGUUCAGAUCCAAGGUCGCCUUGGUGGAGAUGGCUCAGUAUUUAAACCGAAGUGUGAUCCCCCGACAAAUACCAGGCAUGGGAGGACCCUGGACUGUGGUCUUCCUGCCCCAGGCCCCAGAAUCAGAGUCACAGGAUACACCCAAUUUCCUUGCACAGACCCAGAGGCAAGCAGGGGUUGCCUUGGCAGGCGAGGCAGGAGCUGGGCAUGGGGCAGGAGCUGGAGGCAAGGCAGCUUCUGGAGGCAAGGAAGGGGCUGGAGGCGGGGCAGCAGCUGGAGGCGGGGCAGGAGCUGGAGGCGAGGAAGGAGCUGGAGGCGGGGCAGCGGCUGGAGGCGGGGCAGCGGCUGGAGGCGGGGCAGGAGCUAGAGGCGAGGAGGGAGAUGGAGGCGGGGCAGCGACUGGAGGCGGGGCAGCAGCUGCAGGCGGGGCAGGAGCUGGAGGUGAGGAAGGAAGCGAGGCAGAAGCUGGAGGCGAGGCAGGAAGUGAGGCAGGAGCCGGAGGUGAGGAAGGAACUGGAAGCGAGGCAGCGUCUGGAGGCGGGGCAGGAGCUGGAGGCGGGGCAGCGGCUGGAGGCGGGUCAGGAGUUAGAGGCGAGGAAGGACAUGGAGGCGGGGCAGCGGCAGGAGGCGGAGCAGCAGCUGGAGGCGGGGCAGGAGCUAGAGGCCAGGAAGGAGCUGGGGGCCAGGAAGGAGAUGGAGGCGGGCAGCGGCAGGAGGCGGGGCAGCAGCUGGAGGCGGGGCAGGAGCUAGAGGCCAGGAAGGAGCUGGAGGCGGGGCAGCAGCUGGAGGCGAGGAGGGAGCUGGAGGUGAGGAAGGAGGAGCUGGAGGCGGGGCAGCGGCUGGAGGCAGGGCAGCAGGUGGAGGCGCAGAAGGAGCUGGAGGUGAGGAAGGAAUUGGAGGCAAGGCAGGAACUGGAGGCAAGGCAGCGGCUGGAGGCGGGGCAGCGUCUGGAGGCGGGGCAGCGUCUGGAGGCGGGUCAGCGGCUGGAGGCCAGGAAGGAGCUGGAGGUGAGGAAGGAACUGGAGGCUAGGCAGCAGCUCUGGAGGCGGGGCAGCGGAAGGAACUGGAGGCGAGGAAGUGGCUGGAGGCGAGGAAGGAGCUGGAGGCAGGGCAGCCACUUGGGCCAGGCAGGGCCUGAAGAGGAAGCAGGAGAGUCAGAUGAGGAGGGAGCCGCUGGGGACGCAGGAAUUGCAGGUUUGUUAGGAUCUGUGAGUGUGGCAGGAGCUGCAGGUGAGGCGGGACCUGCAGGUGAGGAAGGAGCUGUGGGUGUGGCAGGAGCCAUAGGUGCGGGAAGAUCCUGGACCCAGCCUUGGAGCUGGAGCCCGGCCUGGCAGCCUGUGCUGGAAAACAGGGCCUCUAUGAAACUGAGAACCUUUCCUGGAAUGGAAGAGCCACACCGAGAAGAAGAGUCCUUUGAGAGCUGGCUGGAUCACGCCAGCGACAUGCUGUACCUGUGGUGCCACAUCACAGAAAGGGAGAGGAGGAGGAGGCUGAUGGAGAGCUUGGGUGGCCCCGCACUGGAUCUCGUGUGCGGCCUCCUGGCAGAAAACCCUGACGUCCCUGCACAGGAUUGCCUGGCCGCGCUGGUCCAGGUGUUUGGGAGGAAGGACACCCCCACGACCGCACGGCUGAAGUUCCUGACCUGUGGCCAGCGGCCCCAGGAGACUCUCUUUGUCUAUGUGAUUCGCCUGGAAGGCCUGCUGCAGUCGGCCGUGGAGAAGGGGGCCAUCCAUCCCAACCUUGCGGACCAGUUACGCGCCCGGCAGGUGCUGAUGCGGGCCCGCCCCAACGAGAUGCUCGAGGACAAGCUGAGGAGGAUGCGGCUGGACAGGAGACCACCUGGCUUCCUGGGGAUGCUGCGGCUCAUUCAGGAGACCGAGGCAUGGGAGGCCACCGCAGCUAGGAGUGAGCACUUGCAAGUGGAAGAGGGGGCCCGUGUGGGCACCGGAGGCCUGGCCGCUGCCCGGGCCAGUGGAGAGGUUGCCGAAGCCUCCCCAGCCAGGGAAGAUGCUUCCCAGGCUGCCCUGGCCAACCUAGGGGCCAGUGAGGCCGUUCCUGGCAGUGCCGAAGCUGAUACGGCUGCUCCUGAAGCCCAUGAUGCCACCAGGGCAGCCCUCGUCCCUGAGGAGGCCCCCAAGAUCUUCCCUGCCACGCAGGAAGAUGAAAAUGCUCCCGCCUCUGCGGGCCUAGAUCAGGCAAGGCCCUCAGAGGCCCCUGGGGGCCCCACCCCUGCCCAGAUGGGCAGCGCUUCCAGGGAGGGCCCGGGAGGUCCUGGCUGUGAGCCGGAGGGCCUCGCCCAGGCAGGAGACCAGGAGGCUGGGGAGCCCCUGGAGGAGGGGCCCAAGCCCAUCCCAGAGGAGUCGGGAAACGAGGACGGGGCUGGGGAGGUGAGGCCCCCCAAGUGCUCCUCGGGCAAAUAGGCUCAGAAGGCCCAGGGGCCCCCUCUCCUCUCAGGCAGCAGCGCUCUGGAGGCAGGGGGAGGCCACGCCAGGGCAGCAGCCUCUCCCCACAUGGAGGCAACAACCCACCCAGCCCAAAUUCCCAGGACCCCAUCUUCCCAAGACACCCUGGCCACCACCAUCAGCCCUUCCAACGGACCAGGAUGACCGUACUUGAUGCAGAGUGGGGCAGGGAGAGGUGCCCCCUCCCAUGGCAGCUCCACCCCAGCCCCAGCCCCAGCCCCAGCCCGAAACCCUGCCAGUCCAGGCAGCCAGCCUGGGAAGCACCCCUGAGUGGCUGGCCCUAGCCUAGGUGAGGGGCACCUGAAAAUGUGUGCCACCCACACUGGCCUGGGAGAUGUUAGGGGCCGUCUCAAGGGUGCCGGCCCCUCGGGCCGCCCAAGAGGGGGACCCUCAUUCACUGACCCGUGGAGCACAUCACUCCACGCUCUGAGAAGCCCACUUGUGCCUCUGUAGGCCCCUUAGUGACCCCCCGUGUCAAGUGGCACCCCCAGCUCCCCCUACACGCACCCUAGUUACCAUUCCCGUGCAGAGCCCUGAGGUGUGCAGGAGCCCGCGGCGGGUGUCCUGGCCUGACGCAGCAGCCACCUCUCAGCCCUGGGUGUGUGGCACGAGCUUCAGUGUGAGCCCAGGCUCUGUUCGCUGUCGUGCGGUGUCGUGAGCUCAGCCCAUGCUUCCUCGGUGUAGGUUUAGGCCAACUGCUGCUUGUUCUUGUGGAGAUGUGUGUGUGUUCUUAUCUGAGCAGCCGCCCCCACCCCGCCCCGGAGACCUGUUGAAGCCCAGUCCCAGGAGAUGGCAGGAAGGACAGAAGGCAUGGUUGGUGCUCACCCCAUGACCUCAGGAAGGAAGAACUGGACCAAGGACAGAGGUGGCCUGUGAGAGUCUCCACGGAACUGUGCUCUGAUGUACCACUCUCUUGCUACUUGUGACUCAGUUUCUUCGGCUUGUCCAAGUGUCCCCUGCUGAGUUUUCCAGUGUCCUGUGACUGUCCUGUGUAGGCCAUAGGGCAGGACCAGGCCCCAGCAUGUCAGCAAGAGGGGAGGGUGCCCUGGCUAGCAUCCAUCAACCUGGCCAGAGACUGUGGGGCCCUCAGGAGGGGAGACUAUGGGUGGAUGCCAUCAUGUUGGGGCAAGCAGAGGCACCUUGUUUGGGACCUGAAGAGGAGGGGAGCCAUGACCUGUGGGCUGUAGUACCUGUUAGACAUUCUUCUCUAUGUUGUCAUUACCUCUCUUCAAUGGUUUCAGUAAAUGUCUUCAAUAAAGUGCAUUGAAUGUUUCA